GCCAAAGAAACUUCAAUUUUACGGACGCCUAUUUAUAAAUACACUCGGCACCUGUCACCACUCUCCUCAUUCGUCGGUACAACCCACAAUCACAAUUCACAAAGGAGAACUCAUACUCCUCUCUUUCUCAUUUCUUCCCUUAUUCGUCUUCCUGUUUCUUCUUCCUCUUUUCAGAUCUAUUCUCUUCCUCCUUUCAUCCCUUUUUCUGUAUCAGAUUUCCAGUACAAAAAGAGUUUUUAUUAAAAAAGAAGAUGGUGAAGAUUUGCUGCAUUGGUGCUGGUUAUGUUGGUGGCCCAACUAUGGCUGUCAUUGCACUCAAAUGCCCUGAAAUUGAAGUUGCGGUUGUGGACAUUGCUGUUCCUCGGAUCAAUGCUUGGAACAGCGACCAACUACCUAUAUACGAACCUGGUUUGGAUGAUGUAGUUAAGCAAUGCAGAGGAAAGAACCUGUUCUUUUCAACUGAUGUGGAAAAGCACGUUUCUGAGGCUGAUAUCGUCUUUGUUUCUGUCAACACCCCUACCAAAACUCGGGGGCUUGGAGCUGGCAAAGCAGCAGACUUGACCUACUGGGAGAGUGCUGCUCGAAUGAUUGCGGAUGUGUCAAAAUCAAGCAAGAUCGUAGUUGAAAAAUCAACUGUGCCUGUCAAAACAGCUGAAGCCAUCGAGAAGAUCCUCACACACAAUAGCAAAGGCAUCGAUUUUCAGAUCCUGUCUAACCCCGAAUUCCUUGCUGAAGGAACUGCAAUUGAAGAUCUUUUCGAACCCGACAGGGUUCUGAUUGGUGGACGGGAAACCCCUGGUGGUGCUAAGGCAGUUAAAGCACUGAAAGAUGUUUACGCUCAUUGGGUUCCAGAAGACCGGAUCAUUUGCACCAAUCUGUGGUCAGCCGAGCUCUCUAAGCUUGCUGCUAAUGCUUUCUUGGCUCAGAGGAUCUCCUCAGUGAAUGCCAUGUCAGCACUAUGCGAAGCCACUGGAGCCGAUGUGAGCGAAGUUUCUCACGCUGUUGGCAAAGACACCAGGAUUGGACCGAAGUUCCUGAACGCCAGUGUGGGGUUCGGUGGGUCUUGCUUUCAGAAAGAUAUUUUGAACUUGGUUUACAUCUGUGAAUGCAAUGGACUUCCUGAAGUGGCUCACUACUGGAAGCAGGUUAUCUUAAUGAAUGACUAUCAGAAAACCCGUUUUGUGAACCGAGUUGUUGCUUCAAUGUUCAACACCGUAUCCAACAAGAAAAUUGCAAUCCUCGGAUUUGCAUUCAAGAAAGAUACAGGCGACACUAGGGAAACCCCGGCAAUUGAUGUUUGCAAAGGUCUUUUGGGGGACAAAGCCCAAUUAAGCAUAUACGAUCCUCAAGUUUCCGAAGAUCAAAUCACAAAGGAUCUUUCAAUGAACAAGUUUGAUUGGGAUCACCCAGCUCACCUUCAACCCUCAAGUCCUACCGCCAUCAAGCAGCUUAGCGUCGUAUGGGAUGCUUACGAAGCCACUAAAAAUGCUCAUGGUGUCUGCAUUCUCACCGAAUGGGAUGAAUUCAGAAACCUCGACUUUCAGAGGAUCUACAACAAUAUGCAGAAGCCUGCAUUCGUGUUUGAUGGGAGGAAUAUUGUGGAUGUCGAGAAGCUGAGGAAGAUCGGUUUCAUUGUUUACUCGAUUGGUAAGCCCCUUGAUGCUUGGCUUAAGGACAUGCCUGCUGUAGCAUAAAAAGAAAAUGAGCAAGAAACAAUUCUUUGUUAGCAAUUCUAAUGAGUAAGAGUCUUUUACUCUUGAAGGAAGAUUUUGAUAUUUGUUGAUUUGCCUCAUAUAAUUAGCCUUUCUGUCUUAAAGUUUAUAUAUGUAAUCUGAAUCACAGGAUUUGUAUUGUGUAUUUAGUUUAGAUAUCUGAAUUUUGUUAUUUAAUUCUCUUGGUGAUGAUAUUAGUAAACUUUAGUU